UUCCGGAAACGAAACUUAAGUUGGUCAGAGUGGCAGAAACACUGCAGUCGAGACAAGUCUCUGCUUUUCUCUCAGAGACGAUUAAAAGUGACGUCAUCAGGUGUUUGUCAACAACACAACGGAGUCUCUUCCAAACACUGAUAUGGCUGCUGCAAACUUUCUGCCAUCUGAAGAUCAGUUCCUGUGCUCCGUCUGUCUGGAUGUGUUCACUCAUCCAGUCACCACACCAUGUGGACACAACUUCUGCAAGAAGUGCAUCAAUGAUUACUGGGAUACCAACAACCAGAACAUGUGUCCAAUGUGUAAAAAGGUUUUCACCUCAAGACCUGAGCUGCUCGUCAACACCUUCAUCUCUGAGAUGGUUUCUCAGUUCAGACAGUCGGCUCAACAGAAAGCCAGCAGCAGCAGCUCAGAGCAACAAGAGUCCAAACCAGGAGAAGUUCCCUGUGACGUCUGCACUGGAACCAAACUGAAGGCCCUGAAGUCCUGCCUGGUGUGUCUGGCCUCCUACUGUGAGACUCACCUGGAGCCUCAUCUGACAAUGUCAGGCCUGAAGAGACAUCAGCUGAUGGACCCUGUGGAGAACCUGGAAGACAGGAUGUGUACGAAGCACGAUAAACCUCUGGAGCUGUUCUGUAGGACCGACCAGACGUGUGUCUGCAUGCUCUGCACUGUGUUAGACCACAAGAUGCACAAUGUUGUUCCUCUGAAGGAAGAAUAUGAAGGAAAGAAGGUCGAGCUGGAGAAGACAGAGGCUGAAAUUCAGGAGAUGAUCCAGAAGAGACGACUGAAGAUUCAGGAGGUCAAACACAAAGUGGAGCUCAGUGAGGAAGAUGCAGACAGAGAGAAAGCAGAAGGUGUUCAGGUCUUCACUGAUCUGAAGGAGUCUGUUGAGAGAAAACUGAACAAGCUCAUCAAUACGAUAGAAGAGAAGCAGAGAACAACAAAGCAACAGGCUGAAGACUCCAUCAGAGAGCUGGAACAGGAAAUCUCUGAGCUGAUGAAGAGAAGCACUGAGGUGGAGAAGCUCUCCCUCUCUGAAGACCACCUCCACCUCCUCCAGAGUGUCCAGGCCCUAAACAUCCACCAUCCACCACCCACCAAGGACUGGUCUGAGGUCAGUGUUCCUCCAGCAUCAUAUGAGGGGACUGUGGUGAGAGCUGUGUCUCAGCUGGAGGAGACUCUCAGUAAAAAGAUGAAGAAGCUGGUUGCUGAAGUUGAGAUGAAGAGGGUCCAGAAGUUUGCAGUGGAUGUGACUCUUGAUCCUGAAACAGCUCAUCCUCAACUCAUCUUGUCUGCUGACGGGAAACAAGUGAAACUUGGUGAUGUGAGGAAGAAUCUCUCAAACAACCCAGAGAGAUUUUCUUCUUGUCCUGGUGUCCUAGCAAAGCAGAGUUUCUCUUCAGGCAGAUUUUACUUUGAGGUUCAAGUUAAAGGAAAGACUGACUGGGAUUUAGGAGUGGCCAGAGAGUCGAUCAACAGGAAAGGAGACAUCAGACUGAGACCUCAGGAUGGUUACUGGACCAUAUGUUUAACAAAUGGAAAUGAGUAUGAAGCUUUUGCUGGUCCUCCAGUUCUUCUCUCCCUGAAGUCUCGGCCUCAGAAGGUGGGGGUGUUUGUGGACUAUGAGGAGGGUCUGGUCUCCUUCUAUGACGUAGAAGCUGCAGCUCUUAUCUACUCCUUUAUUGGCUGCCCCUUGAGGAAGAAACUCUUCCCAUUCUUCUGUCCUGAACAUAAUGAUGAUGGUAAAAACUCUGCACCUCUGAUCAUCUCUCCUGUCCGAGUAAACUAAUCACUUCUCCUAAUUCCUUCAAGGGAAAAUACUCAACCUUGUGUGGGCUACAUCUUAUCUCCUACAUCUUAACUUCUACAUUUUAUCUUCUAUAUCUUAUCUUAAUUAUGAUUUUAUUCAUAGACGAGAAUAAAUGUACACAUUUUGUGUGAAUAUGAUGCAGUUUAACUUUACAUCUUAUUUACUGUGGUGAUUGAUUUACACGUCAUCAAGACACUUUAUUAAAUGUAUCCCGUUACAUAUAAACACAUUGAUCUCUUGAACUCUGCAUCAUGACACUUUAUAUGGAGAAUAUUAAUUUAAACCUUUGUUAAAUCCACAUGAUUGUAUUUCCACUUCCAGAAGAAAGUUCCUUCUUUGAAGACACAAAAUACAAGAAGCUGAAGUUUGACUUUGACUAAAUCAGCUAAACAAAUGAUAUGUGAUGUUCAGCCACAGAAAACAUAUAAAGCUUAAUUUAAGAGUGAGGCCCAAUACAUGUUUAUAGUGUUUACAGAACACAGUAUGUGUUAUUGUGUUAUUAGAGUUAAUGAAUGCAAAUUCAAUACAUUUUAGGUUUAGUAUUUAUUAAAUAGGCUUGAGUCAAAGAUGGCUGCUACUGUCUCGAGGAAUGUGAGUAUUAAUAUGACUUGGAGGAGUUGAUUCAUUGAGGCUGACAUGACUUCAG